GCUCCUCCCCUUCAGUCUUGCACAGGUGUAUCGGGUCUUCCCCUUCAGUCUUGUACAGGUGUACCGGCUCCUCCCCUUCAGUCUUGCAUAGAUGUACCUGCUCCUCCCCUUCAGUCUUGCACGGGUGUACCUGGCUCCUCCCCUUCAGUCUUGCACUGGUGUACAGGCUCCUCCCCUUCAAUCUUGCAUAGAUGUACCUGCUCCUCCCCUUCAGUCUUGCACGGGUGUACCAGCUCCUCCCCUUCAGUCUUGUCCAGGUGUACCAGCUCCUCCCCUUCAGUCUUGCCUAGGUGU